CCCAACCCAUCCCCUGCUGAGCGAUCACCCACCUGAUCGUCGAAGAAGCCACUCCCCACCUCUUCCACUCUUCACACACACUCUUCGCCAUGUCGGACAUCGAGGAGACGCCCAUCGACGUCGCCGUCGAGGAGGUCGAGGCCGAGGCUCCGGCCGCCGCCAAGGGCUCCAUGAGCAUCGAGGACGCCCUGCAGGAGGUCCUCAAGAAGGCCCUCAUCCACGACGGCCUGGCCCGCGGCCUGCGCGAGUGCGCCAAGGCCCUCGACCGGCGCCAGGCGCACCUCUGCGUGCUCGUCGAGACGUGCACCGAGGCCGAGUACAUCAAGCUCAUCGAGGCGCUCUGCACCGAGCACAAGAUCGACCUGCUCAAGGUCUCGGACCCCAAGACGCUCGGCACGUGGGCCGGCCUGUGCAAGAUCGACCGCGAGGGCAACCCGCGCAAGGUCGUCGGCUGCUCGUGCGUCGUCGUGCGCGACUACGGAGAGGAGAGCGAGGGCCUCAACGUCCUCCUCUCGCACUUCAAGAGCCGCUAAAGUGGGGGCACUGGCUUGGGAGGAGGCGUCUCGUCAUCUCACUCAUGUCACAACUCGCCUGCGCUCUUGACUGAGCGUGGAGCGUUGCUGCCCACCGCCGACCGGCACCUGAUGCGGUUCAUGCCCGGACACUCAACCUCAAAAUAAUGUCAUCAUUUGCUGCA